CGAGUCAGCAGAAGAUGCUAGCUUGUGGCAUUGCUACAUUAAAAUGGGAGGAAACAAAUACUGAAUUAUUUCCGAUCCGGUGCGAAACCCUUGAACCAAAUCAUUAAGGAAAAGGGCAGUUCAGGGUUAUUCUUUAUAUUAUCUCCCCCCAAGACUGAAAGAUUUCAAAUUUCGAAUUCAAAACGAGGGAGUGGAUGGCCAUGUGCCACGUGCCACGUAAUGUGAGAAUGGGACUUCGAAUGGAUACACGGCGAGGAAAUGAGUUGACAUGCUCCACGUGCUCAAAACCGUUCAGCAAUAAGAACGACCUCAAACGUCACAUGUUCACGCAUGACCCAGACGCGAAGGUGAAAUGUGAGAUCUGCGGGAAAAUGUUGAAAAACCCAGCAACCUUGUCCAUCCACGUGAGAACACUUCACACAAAGCUGGACCGACCCACUUGCGACACCUGUCAUAAAAUAGUUUCCACAUCUGCAAGUUUACGGAUACACAUUGACACCGUUCACAGCAAGAUUAAACGACCUCGUUUUCCAUGUGAAUUUCCUAACUGUGAGAAAUCCUACCUAAGGAAAGGUGAUCUUUCGGUACAUAAAACAACUGAACACACCGAAAAUCCGACCCGAUUUCCGUGCACCCUUUGCGGCAAAGAAUUUAAAAUCAGAAAAAACCUUGAGAUGCACAUAUCCAGCCACACGACGGAGAAGGCCUACACGUGUUCCACUUGUGGGAGGAGCUAUGCACAGCAGACAGCCAUGAAACAUCACGAGGCUACACAUUUGGAAAAAUCUUCCCAAAAGAUAUUCAGGUGUGAACUUUGUGCUCAGACAUUCUUAGCCAGAGCCAGCUUACGGCAACAUAUCCAUGCUGUUCACGAAAAUCGGAGGAAUCAUCCAUGCUCAUUUUGUGGCAAGAGAUUCUCGACAUCGACCAAUAUACGAUAUCACGUGGAAGCGUUCCAUUCCGCGAAUAAGGAGAAAGUCCAUUCCUGUGACAAGUGUGAAUACAGGAGCCACUCGAAAGAAAAUUUAGCCCAACACGUUAGGCGCCACAACCAUGCAAAUCGACGAGAAUUCUAUUUCUGCAGGAAGCAGUUUGUCAACUUUUCGAAAUUGGUGACGCACUGUCGUCAUCAUACUUUGGAAUUCUAACAAGCCAAGGGGAUUUAAUAUUUUAUAAUUUUAUGUUUUAUUAUGUAGGUCCCCAAUACUUAUCUUAUUCCUCCGUUUGCUAAUGUAAAAAUUCGACAUUUCCAAGAUUAUAGUAAAUCAUCGUCUGAAAUCUGUUAAAAAUGA